CUUAUCAUUCGGCAAUCUGAAAACAUAGAAAAUUAAAACAAAACUUUAUUGGGAAGUUAGGACAGGUAUAGCUGCUGGAUGCAUUAUGCAGUCUCAUUGUGGCUCUUUACUGCUGGGUGACAUGGCAUUAGAUGCUGAUAGGUUUACUGAAAGUGAGAAGGCUGGAAAUCCAUUGACAUUCUGUUCAAAAACAGGAAUUGCUGAUCUUCAUUUCUUCUUGGCUUUGUGCCCUCACAGCUCAGGCUCUAGCAGCUUGAAUGUUUCCUCUUGAUCAUAAUCCAUUUCAUGUACAUUUGAGAUGCAUUUAAAUUUUCAUUGCCAUGCCCCAGUCACCGUUUAUGCAAUAAGCCUCAGUUUACCAUGCGUACGUGUGGGAGCUACUGGCUGUGGUUUAACUACAAACUUUUACUGUUCCUAAUUCUAAAACUCUCUGCAAUCUUGGAAUCUCCAUGCUGGAAUCUGUUGCUAUCAGUUUUUUCCUCCUUCCUGUGCCCUGGCUUAUUGGAUGGCUCAUGAGUGGUUUGGCUGCUAGCCUUCUGAGGUGGGUCACUCUUAAAAAGCUGAAUCCUGGCAGUUUCUCCAGUCCUAGCUGUCUCUUUCCUUGGCUUUGAUGCAUUUACAAUCCAAUAUGUAGGGCUGGGGAAGAGACCUUAGUGAGCCAGGCUGAUUCUGCAGCUGCUCUGUUCACAGAAAAUCCCACUGAAAUAAAAUAGGGAGCAGCUGUUGAAUCUGCCCCUUAAAAAGCUUCUGCUAAAUUGCAUAGCUCUUCUGCAGUGCAGGAGCCAGGAAAACAAUUCUGAGAGGGGAAGGGUUUGUUGUUUAGGGUUUAGAAGUCUUCACGCUUUGAAGUUUCUAGUGUGUGGCAGUGAAGGUAGCCAUAGUAGUUUUGUUUAUCCCUUAUCUCUUCAAUGGUGUGGCUUAUGCUGGUAAGGUCGGUAAAUUAUUACCCUGUCUGAAGAUCCUAUUCAGAUAUGAGCCAGACCCACAUCUACUCUCUCCUUUUACACUGCUUACAGGACUUGGGAGACAGCUGUUGCUAUCGAAAUCCCAUAGGUACAGUAAGUCACGAGCCUGUGUGCUCACAAAGAUGGAGUCAGCGCUGUGGAAAUGUUGAGGGUUAUUUCAGUUCUCUGUAGACAAAGCUGCGCUGUGUGAAGCUCCCUCCAGUUGUUUCCUUCAAAGUAUGUUCCAAGCUCCCCACUGGAAAAUGUCUCUGCUCAGUAUCCAGACUCUGAGCUCCACACGGACCUAAGAAUGCGUUUCUACAUACUUUAUGCUUGUCAGUCUUCUGGGAUGAGAACCAGCCAGUCCUGGCUUUCUGGAGAUCUUGCACCAGCGAGUGUUCCAUGUGCUGCUGGUGAAAAGACCUGCCGGACCAGAGCCCCCCGAGUGAGACGCACCUCUUCGCUAGACACCAUCCUCGGAUCGUACCUCCUAGGACAGUGGCCGAGGGAUGCUGAUGGGACACUUGCUUCAUGCAUGAAUGACAAAGCUACCCAGACGCCGACGUCCUGGCACGAAGCGGAAGUGGGGAAGGCCAGUGCCAGUACUCACAAGCGUUCCGCGUCUUGGGGUAGCAUGGAUCACCGCAGAGAGAUUGCCAAACUGAAGCAGCAGCUCCAGAGAACGAAGCUAAGUGGCAAAGAGAAGGACCGGAGCUCCCCGCUGCCAGGGGACCACGCUCUCCUGGGAUCAGUCAGGGACUCCCCUCCUGGACUCCCUCCUGGAUCUCCCAUUUUGAGGCUUAACCCCUGCUUACACAAGAGCCUGGAAGGACUAAACCAGGAGCUGGAGGAGGUGUUUGUGAAGGAACAAGGAGAUGAGGAGCUUCUCAGGAUCCUGGAUGUGCCAGAUGGCCACAGGGCACCAGCCCCUCCCCAGGGAGGCUCUGAGGAUCUUUCUCUGCUGACUCUGGAGCCCGGCAGUAGCAGCUGCAGCAGCCUGUCUCUGUCUCCGUCCCCUUCGGUGCCACUCCGCUCGUCUCCGCACACCCCGGCCAGAGCAGCUGCUGAGGAGCUGCCCUCUGCCCUGGAAGAGCCGGUGCCGCACCCCAAGGAGAAGGAAUACGCUCAGAGUCUUCCUGCCCUGCUAGAGGACGGGAGCCCCUCUCCAGUCCUGGCCUUUGCCUCCUCUCCUCGACCCAACCACAGCUACAUGUUCAAACGGGAGCCCCCCGAGGGCUGCGAGAAAGUCCGGGCCUUCGAAGAGGCUUCCUCCCCCAGCUCUGAGCAGAAUUUUCUGCCCUCCUGUCCUGAUAAGAACAAAGUCCACUUCAACCCGACCGGCUCUGCCUUCUGUCCAGUCAGUCUAGCAAAGCCCCUUUUUCCGAACAUGGGCUUCCUAUUCAGGAACUUCCCUGCUCCUCCAAGCCCUGUGGCCCCGGGCACAUGCCCCUCCUGCCAGUCCACUGCCCCAGGCCCGUUCCUUGGGCCGCGGAAAGACUCGGCGGUAGACGGCUUCAGCGAGGGCUCUAAAUCCCCUCCACUGACCUUUGAGCACUGGAAGCGCAGCCAGACAGAAGAGACCGUCCUCUUCCACAGCUCCCUUGUGGUCUGAGGCCAGCGGGAGGCCCAGCACGGCGGCGCAUCUGUGGAUCUUGGGUGCAUCUUCCCCAGCUUGUGGGGCCUUGGAGUAACUUGGGACCUCAGGGCCGGAUGGGCGGCCCUGGGAUUGAAACCCACAGCCAGUUUCCUCCAGAACGUUCAGCGCCACGUGCCACGGGACUUGCUGCUGGAGCGGCUCCUUCCUGCGGGGCCCCAGCACUUUCCUGGGUCGAAAUGUCAUCGUUUGUCGAACAGCAGCUGGGACUCAGCCACCUGGCUCUGCCCUGGGAAUUCCGGGGACACUUCUCCCCACGUGGCCUUCCUGCUCCUGGGAGAGGCAGGCCAGUCCUGUGGCUGCCUCCUGGAGAAGCUGGUAGAAGCCGGCAGAGCUGGUUCCAGCUGCCCGAAUGUACUGGGCCACAUCUGCCGAGGCAUCUGCACUCUGUCGCUGGCAGCUUGAGCUGCUCGGAGCACCCAGAACCGAUGAGCCAGACGGGAGGGUUAGGAAGGGAACUGGCCAGUCGUAGGAUAUCGUAACCCUUUGAGAGAGCCACGUGGCGCUUUCAGUAGCCCCUGGGGAUGCCUUGCUGUCCCAAGCUAGACUGCAGAUCUGAUGCCUGUCGGGCCUUUUUAGAGGCCUCUGUUUGCAGAGGGUCUGUCCUGGGAAGCAUCUUACCCAGCCGAGGAUGACCAUGGGGAGAGGAGCUGCUGUGAAGAGCAGUUUGCAAGGCGUGGUAGGUAGGUAGCGAAGGGCCUCUCCUACCACCGCCUCUUUGCAGGGGAAGGAGUUGGCAAUCGGAGUCAGAGCUGCAUAUGAAAGGGUUCCACUGAUUGUGGAAGGUUGCUGCUAGUAGGGAUGUUACAUGCUGCUUUCCAGCCGAAUGCCGUGGAUGACCUGACUGCAUCUGGUAAUUUUUGCAUGUGCAGGGGUGGAGUUGGGGGAUCAGAACCAUUUUUUGUGUCUGCAGAAAAACUUUAUUCAUAGAUGUAAGAACUGGGCAGGAGUCAGAUCCUGAGACCCAGCAAUGCUAUCCCAGCACAAAGCCUUAUAAAGUGAAACUAGAAGCUGGAGACCUCCAGCUGUAAUGGCUCUGGAAAAGGGAAGUAUUUGACUUGUUCUGUUGCUAAGGCUCUGGGUGUACUGAAGAACCCUAUUUUCUUGUAUCUGAUGUAGAAACUCUAUUUUCUUCCAAAGACACUAUUUUUGCAGCUGUUUGACGUUUGUAUUUUAUGUAUGUGUUGCGAAGCUUAAAGGAGGAGUGUUCGCUUUGGAGUUUUCUUGUCUUGUGUUCGGAGUUUUUUGCAGAUCUUGGUGUUGACAGUAAAAUAAUAAUAAUUCCAGGCA